ACAGGUUUAUGUGAUGGCGUUACCUUUGUGAAUAAAACAAAAAUAGUCUGGGUUUGUAUAUCCGCUGCAGUUAUAUAUUCACCGUCUACUUUAUUAGGAACACCUGCACAACGCUCAUCGAAUUUGUAAUGGGAAUUGUUUUAGUUUGACUGGAAACUGUAAUGGUCCCUGUGGGCCUCUGCUGGCAAUUUGUUGCCUUUUAUUGGUAGCAUGUUAUGUCUAGUGGAAACCGUUAAGGACCUACGUCCUUAAUAUGUCCUACUACAUAAUGGAAACUAUAUUUGGUAAUGGUUUUAAUGGUUAACAGCUGAUGCUUUGUAAGGUAGUGGAAAUUAUUAGACUUUCUGGUUUCCAUUGUUAUUUUUUUCAGCAGGGAAGGCAGGAAAUCAUACAGGAAAGCUGUUCCUAAUAAAGUGGACGGUGAAUGUACUGUACUGCAUGUCAUUGUUCUGCAUGUCAUUUUUCACUUUGCUUAGUGUUUUGGUCACUAGACGGCGCUUACAGGACUUUCUGAGAAUAAGAAAACUAUCCCUUUUUUUGUUUGUUUGUUUUUUUAACCUCUUCAGUUGACUGAAAUAUAACCUGAGUCCACAGGUGAGUUGUCACUGCGAACCGAAUAACUAAUUAUAUAAAUAUAUGAACCGAAUAACCACACCUGGGAUACCAUGUAGAGCAAAUUAUUCUGUGGUGUUACUGCUGGUGGUACGCUAUUUUACCAUAAGAUGGUGCUAAUACCCAUUAAAUAUAAUAUCAAAUGGCUCCACCAGAUGUUCAAGGGUGUAGUAUACGCUUAUAUGAAGGUUUCCUUGUACUUCUAGACACUAGAGUAUUGAACAGGGGGAUUAACCUUAACGCUUUAACCAAGGACUAAUCCCUGUUAACGUGAACUCAGAAAGAACUGUUCCCGGAAACGACGCAAUAAUACCUCCCUGCUGGUAUUACCACGAAAAGCACUUGUAGAUAUCAGUGGUGUAUACCCCUCUGUCAGUUCCUAAAACGUUGCUAUAUUUGCAUUUUUUUAAACCGAUAUGUAGAACUUCACGCAAAUUUCCUUCAUAGUUCAAAGCACGGUUUAAAAUAUUUAUUUUUUUUCUGCGCGCGCGCGCGAGGAGGCAGUUGGUGUCCGUUGUAUAACAUACCAACCGACACAUUCUUUAAAUUUGGGCUAAGCUAGCUAACAAAGUAUUUUCUCACCCACUAGCUGAGCUAACAACAACUUAUACAUUUACUUGAUAAAUUAUUUAGAUAUCUGUAUUUAUAUCUAAGAAGGAAAUGAGCGUAGUUGAGUCAUCCUUCAAUGUUGAAGAUGUCUUCAGGUUUCCACAGGCUCCUGACAGGGAGAAAGACCUGAAAAUAGAAGAGCUGUUAAGCAAACUCAGAAAGUUACAAGAAGUCAAGCUAGUCCUUGAAGAGGAGGUGAAGGAGGCCCUUUCGCUGUGUAGCACUUUACGUGAUGAAGACAAUGCAUUGACUGCUGAGAUCUUACAGUUACAGGGAAUUUUGAGUGAAAAAGAAGAGACAUGCAGAUCUCUUCAGUUCAAAUUGGAGGACUUAGAACAAGAGUCACAGAAGCAGUCUGAACUGAAACAACAGAAAGAGGAACUUGUACAACAGUACAGCUGUCAGAUUCAGGAAACCAAACUGAGACACAGGAAAAUUCGGAUGAAGUUUGAAAAUCAACUGCAGCAGCUGAUUGGACAGCAUAAGAAUUUCUGCACUUUGUUUACUCCAGAGAGAAUCCCUACUGAGAUACAAUCUGCUGAAUACGCCACAGAACAGUUGCUGAAAGCUGAGAAGCAAAAGGUGGAGCAGGUGGCAAAUUUACAGGAAGAGCUGAGUAAUGCCCAGAGCACAAACAUGCAUCAGGAUGCUAUGACACAGCUGCAUGGUGAAUCUUUUUUACAUGUUUCACAUACCUGAGAGAGUGUUCAUGAAGAAAUAGCCACACAUCUUCUCAGAAAAUGUGUUACUUACUCAGUAAAGCUGUACAGACUGUACUAACAUUACAGAAAGGUUUAUCAGUACACUGGUUUAUUUAUUUUUUCCUCUCUUGUUGUUCACAUGCCAAUGAGCACAAGUGAAUAAAAAGUAAAAGGUACAAAACCA